UCGGAAGAGAAAAAAAGAAAAGAAAAAAUCAUUACAUCGAGGAAGAAAAAGAAGAAGAAGAAGUAAUGGAAGAUCUAUGGAAGAGAGCGAAAUCGUUUGCGGAAGAAGCAGCUAAGAAAUCUCAAACCAUAACACUACAAUCAUCUUCAACAACCUUCGUCAAUCUCGUCUCCGAAACCGCCAAAAAAUCCAAAGAGUUCGCUCUCGAAGCUUCUAAGAAAGCCGAUUCGCUCAAUGUCUCCGAAUUCGUGGCCGAGACGGCGAAAAAAUCCAAGGAGUUCGCCGCGGAGGUGUCGACGAAAGCGGAUCAGCUCAAAGUUGUUGCGUUGAAGCAAGCUGAUCAGAUCCAGAAUAUUAAGUCUAUUGCCGACAUUAUACCUCCUUUUGGUUCUGGAUCAGGAUCUGGUGGUGGUUCUGUGAUCUCUGAAUCUGAGCUUGUUAGCUUUGGUAUUACUGAUGAUUUGAGGGAGUUUGUUCAAGGUUUGACGUCUGCUACGUUCCAGGCUUUUCCUGCACAAGAUGAAUCUUCGGAAGUUUCUGAUUUGGAAACAACUGCGUCCAAUGUUCGGAAGGAUCUUUCGGAGUGGCAGGAGAGACAUGCCACUCUUGUUCUUGGCUCCGUUAAGCAAAUUUCGAAGUUGAGAUAUGAAUUAUGCCCACGAGUCAUGAAAGAAAGGAGAUUCUGGAGGAUAUACUUUACCUUAGUGAGCACUCAUGUUGCACCAUAUGAGAGGAAGUACAUGGAGGAACUUAGGAACAAAGCAGAGAGUAAAGAAGAAGAAGCUAAGAAGAGCCCAGGGGUUGAAGGGACAGAAACACGUGAAAAGAAUGUGACAAAAAACAGAACAUCUACUGCAUCGUCUGAGCAAGAUCUUGACACAUUCCUCCUGGGAGAUCUAGAAGACAGUGACGAAGCUCCCGAUGAUGGUGAUGGUGAUGAUGAAGGGAGCCUGGGUGAUGAUGACUUCGACAAGAUUGGCAACUCGGACGCUGAAGAAGAAAAAGAAACAAAAGCAAAAGCCUAGAAAUAUAUAGUAGUUUUGUUAUAAUUGAGGGAAGUAAAUGAACAAGUCCAAUCAUCAGUGUAUAUAGCUUUUGCUUUAACGAAUAUGCAAAAGAGACGCAUUUUAUUCAUUCGAAUUCGCAGUUUAUUAUAAAAAGGAGACUUUCUUA